AUGGUCCGAACCAAGCGGAUCAGGUGCGUGAGGCUGCCGGCUUCAGCUGCUGCAGGGAGAAUGCUGUUUGUCACUGUAGUGCCUUCAGUGGGGCAGGGAGCUUAUCCGCGCUCGCCACAUCAGCUGCUGCAGCACAGUUGCUGCACAUGGACUCGUGUUACAUACUGUAACCAGUUGGCCUGUGAGUGGAUUUGGAUCCAGGCGCUAAAGAAAGUGAUGUUUUGUGGAGGACACAGAGCCGUGAGGGACCAGAGCGCUCCAAGACGCUGCUGCAGUGACGAGCUACAGGGGGGUGUGGGGGGUGUGUACUUUAGUGAAACACCGCGUUCGGUCAACUCGGAACCAAAAUACCCCGAAACAACUCUGGAGACGCCUCUGGAGAAGGGUGAACAGUGGGAACCGACCGAGGUGAAAGAGUCCCCCCCUGAAGAUACAGCCUCUUUUCCCGCAGAGAAUGCAGCCAGCCCCGCGGCUCACGGGACGGAGGAUUUUCAAGAAGAGCUGGUGAUCAGACCUCUUCAUUCCGGAGACAUUUACGCCAGCUUCCAGUUCCGCACUGCCUGGGAAACUGACUUCAUGAACGGAAACAAAGUCUUCGUCACCUUCCCAGAUUACCCACAAUGCACCAGCUGCCGCCACUGUCCGCUCAGAGUGGAGGUGGCUGACCAGCAGAGAGUGCUGAGGACGGGAUGCCUGGUGACUGGGGUCCACACUCCACCAAUCAGGAGGAACAGCAAACUGGCUACGAUAGGGCGACUCUUCAAGCCCUGGAAGUGGAGGAAAAAGAAAAAUGAAAAGCUGAAGCAAAGUUCAACAGAUGUAGCAUUAUCCAGCAGUCUUCUGUGCCAUGACCCCUCCUCGCCCACCCAGGGCUGCUGCUCAGACGGGACACUGCUGGUCGGAAGCUUUGGGGGUUCUCUUGGUGCUAAUCUCACAGUGAGCAGCGUUGAAUACCUGGGACCAGACGAGAACCAUCUCUCUCCAGUGAGCAGCCCGCUGCAGGAUGGAGGUUGUGUGGAGGAGAACAUGGCUCUGUCAGAGGAGGCCCGGGGCGAUGAGCCACACCCCACGGGAGAGCUCCCCGAUGGACUACAGGAUGGAUCUGAGCCUGGAGAAGAUUCCACAGAGCAGGACCUGGCAACAGAGACGUCACCUCCACAAGUACCUCCAAAACUAAUGUCCCUGCACAACUCAGGGGAAGACCCUGGUCCUAUGUCGCUGCCUACACAUUUGCCUAACUCCUACCUCCAGCCCAAAGAGCCUCCACUCCGGGCCCCAGAAACCAUGGUGACGAUGCCCCUGCCACUAAGAGGGCCCCUCUGCAACCAAUCAGGCUCGCCGCACCUCAACAUGAUUCACCCACCCAUGCCCCCUAGCUGUAUAAUGGAGGAACUGCAGAGAGCUUUCGCUUCCAAGAACAGACAAGAGAGCGUUCACGAGGGCUGUGAACAGAGUGUGUGGAGCUCGGACGGCCGGCUGUCCCGCUCCUGUAGCUCUGUGGGGGGGUCAGACUGGCCCAAGAAGGAGGCGGAUGAAAACAAGGAGAACGUUCGGCUGGACCAAUGCUUCUCCAUCACCUCCGGCCUUCCCUUUGACCUGGAGAGCUGGAACGAUUCCGUCAUCUCUGGCACGCUUCCUCGCAGGUUAAGGAAGGAGUUGCUUGCAGUGAAACUACGAAACCGGCCGAGCAAACAGGAGCUGGAGGACAAAAACAUUUUCCCAGCACGUAGCGACCAAGAACGCCAGGAAAUACGCCAACAGAUCGAGAUGAAGCUUGCCAAGUAA